GAAAAAAAUGCAGAUAAGAAAGUAUCCUCCAUGCUUGAAGAAUUGUUUCGAAAAAUGGAUGACAGUAAAGGUCCGGUAGGUACAAGCAAACUCAAAGACAAAUACAAAUGGGAAACUUUUGAAAAUGAUAUAGGUUUGGACGGUUUCGGUUUACUUUAUUUUAUUUUACCAACUCUUGAAGAAGAAAUGAAAGGCACAAGUGUUCAAGAUUUAAUUCCGUCUAUGUUUGAGGGAGAAUUGCUUAACUAUAUACGUUGUUUCGAUGUGGAGUUUACAAAACAGUGGAAAGAAAAGUUCCAUGCCUUGCACUUACAUAAUAGUAAAGGGGUGAUUGAUUCACUUCAUAAGUUUAUUGAACCCGAAAUUCAGGAUGGAGAACACAAAGUACGAACCGACAUCCACGGAUUACAAGAAGGAGAAAGGGGAGUAAAACUGCUUACACUGAGUCCAAUUUUAUGUUUGUAUUCGGAGAGAUAUCGAAAAAAGUUUUUGGAACCAUACGAAUUUUCGAGAAAACUAGAACUUGAUGAAUUUUUGGACAUUCCAGAUCCUAACGACAAGGCAACAUAUGUGCUACAUUCUUUACUCAUUCACAGGUGCAAACUCGAUGGUCAAAACAGUGAUGGUAACUAUCAUGCUUUUAUUGAUCCUAAAUGUGAUGGCAACUGGUUUGUUUUUGAUCAUGAAUUAGUAGAGAAAUCUGAUGAAGAAGAGAUGCUUCGAGAAGGAUUUGGUGGGGUAAUUGAUGGCCAGUUAUACCGUCCAUACUUCUUCUUUUAUAUCCGAGAAAGCAAGAUAAACGAAAUUCUAUUGGGAUAAAGAGUAUACAUUGAAAACUCAGGGAAUAUAAAAGAGCCGUUUUGUGCUUAUCUGUUGCUAGAAUUAUGGCGCACCCAAAGUGAUGCCACGCGAUGCCAAACUAUAUUAAAAAAAUGAUGAAAAACUUGGUUGCGAUUUGGAUAUUCCUAA